AAUUUUAAAAUGUUCUUGAGUUUUAGGUUAAGAAGCCCAUCUUUAAAAUAGACCUUAUAUAUUGGAAAUACUAAAGACUUGUAAUGCGCACUAAAGUCAUAAGAGCUUAUUCGAAUUCUAUGCACGAUAUAUUAUUAUGUGUCAACAAAACCAGAUUUCGUCAUUAAUUUAAAAAUAAUUUGAAAUUUCUUUUGGUCACGAUUCACGAGUGAAUUAAGUAUACAUUUUUUAAUUUUGCUAUGUCCCCCUCUCACCAAUAUUAAAAAAAACAUCCAAGGGCCCCCGGCGAUCAUCGGGUAUAACCACUAUAACCGGAUGCGGCAAAACCGAUACUGCGUGUGAUGUAGCCACAUAGAUUAUAUAGGCCCUGCACGCGUAGGUAACACACACAUACGUUUUUUUGUUAUGUGAGUAAGUUGAUGCGCUUGAUAUAUGAUGGCCUGGCUGGUGUAUAUAUAUUAUACACUCGCCAUAAAUCAAUUUUCGGGACAAAUAAUUAAUGGCGACGGGUCGGGUGAACCGAAAAUAACAUAAUCGCGACCGAUACCUAGGUACAUUAUACAGCGUGCGUGUAGGUGUAUAACAAUAUAUAGGUAUACUAACAUAAUAUAUACAUAUAUAACGUGUACAUGUACAAUAAUCGUAUUGUUACAUAAUAACAUUGAUUAAAUAUACAUCAUAGUGUAUAAUACUGAGUUGUGGUGUAUUUACUUAAAAUGAAAUUUAAAAAUAAUUUAAAAUUGUUCAUAUUAUGAUUGUUUGAAAAAAAAUGUAUUUCCAUUACAAAAACUAUAAACAUCUGUUUUGCGUUGCUAUUGCCAACCGCAUAUAGUUUUGAAAUAAAUACAAUACUGUCGCGGUAUCUGCAAAUUUCACAGUCUCAAUUCAGUCUUCACUCUUCACAGUAUUUAAAGUACCUAUAACAAACCGUACAUUUAAUUAUUGUUCAAUUUCAAACGCAUAAAGUUUUAAAACGUAUAAUAUUUAUAUACAAAGAUGCAGAACGUGAACGUCAAAUCGGAUAACGCCGAGAAAAAAACUCUGUCUUCGUCCUCAGAGGCCUUGAUUACGGAAUGUUUAAUGAAACCGGAAAAUGGGCAAACCAAAGAAGUCUCUGCAGAUAGUGAAAAUGUAACAACAAUAAAACGACCUUACGGAUCGAUGCCAAAUAUAUCGGCGUCAAUAACAAAUGAUGGCGACACCGCCGCGAUCGAAGCACCGGCUGCCGUUGCAGUACAGCAGGUUUCCGCCAAACCGCUUGAACAUUGCCCGGGAUCGACAGAAUUAGCCAACUACGUCAGACCGGAAAUGCAGUAUUACGUUGGUUUGGUGAACGCGGAAGUGAUGGUGUCACCAGCUGCCACGGGAGAAGACGAGAUCCGAUCGCCGUCCGUCACAUCCGAUCCGCCGGUUUCUGUAGCACAACCAAAACACGACGGCUCGGGCGAAUCGGAUGCUGCGAAGUUCCGAAUUUUCGACGGUCGUCGGCCGAGAUUAUGGUGUUCCAUGCCGAACAUAGCUAUCCAUUACACGGAUAAAGUAUUUUACAAGACUGCCGAAAUCGAAUGCAUUACUCCGAUGCCAGUGUCAAAUGACUCGCUGACAGGCGUAGUACAACUGCAAGGACAGAGCCUAUACAGAAGUUACUCCGGUAAAAAUCAAGCAUACCUCGUCGUGGAAGCGGGCGAAGAAAUUCACCCGUCGAGUCUUUUGCUGCGGCGCUGCGUGAUUUAUAUGGUCCGCGGUAGUAUUGAAAAUAGACUGAAACUUAUUCGACUAAAAUAAUUUAGUCAAUUCAUAUAUUAACUGCGGAUCGGAUGUGACGGACGGCAAUCGGAUCUCGUCUUCUCCCGCGGCAGCUGGUGGCACCAUCACUUCCGCGUUCACCAAACCAACGUAAUACUGCAUUUCCGGUCCGACGUAGUUGGCUAAUUCAAUCGAUCCCGGGCAAUGUUCAAGCGGUUUGGCGGAAACCUGCUGUACUGCAACGGCAGCCGGUGCUUCGAUCGCGGCGGUAUCGCCACCAUUUGUUAUUGGUGCCGAUAUAUUUGGCAUCGAUCCGUAGGGUCGUUUUAUUGUUGUUACAUUUUCACUAUCUGCAGAGACUUCUUUCGUUUGUUCAUCUUCCGGUUUCAUUAAAGGUUCCGUUAUUAAGGCCUCAGAGGACGAAGACAGAGUCUUGUUCUCGGCGUUAUCGCAUACAUCGUUAACGUUCUGCAUGUUCUUUAAUACUGCGAAGAGUGAAGACUGUAUUGAGACUGUGAAAUUUGUAGAUAUAUACCGCCACAGUAUUGUAUUUAUUAUAUGUAUAAUAUGUAUUUAUUUAUAUACAUUAAUACAUUAUACAUAUUAAUAUAUUA